AUGCAAUGCUUCUUCUUCUUCUUUGUGGUCAUAAAAAUAGGAUGUCUUUCAACCUGUUCUUAUUAUUUCUUAACCUCUUACUUUUUCUUUGCAGUUCUCUUCUUGAGUCUUCAUGUCACAGACCCAUUUCCAGUUCGUCUGACUGGAGGACCAAAUCUCUGUGCUGGACGAGUGGAACUUUUCCACCAAGGCGAGUGGGGGACGGUGUGUGACGAUGACUGGGACAUGCGGGAUGCAGCUGUGGUGUGCCGGGAGUUGGAUUGCGGAGAGGCUCUUUCAGCACCCCAUGGGGCCUGGUUUGGGGAAGGAGCUGGGCCCAUCUGGCUGAAUGAGUUGCGCUGUGCAGGCACUGAGUGGCACUUGCACUCUUGCCGCCACCUGGGCUUCCGGAAGCAUGUCUGCACCCAUGAAGAAGAUGCCAGUGCCAUCUGCUCAGAACAACAUUUUCCUCCUUUCACUGCUUCCCCUCCUCAUACAACUCACAGGAGAGGCAAAAUUGAGGCAGUGACAACAGCAAAACCACUGGUGUCUCCCACACCUGCUCAAGGGGCCCCUGCCCUCCGUCUUGUCGGUGGCAGAAGCCACUGUUCUGGUCGAGUAGAAGUCUUCCAUGAGGGGCAGUGGGGGACAGUGUGUGAUGACAUGUGGGACCUUCUGGAUGUUGCCGUGGUCUGCCGGGAACUAGACUGUGGGGAGGCUCUGGCAGCACCGGGUGGUGCUUUUUUUGGCGAAGGGAACAGUGUCAUCUGGCUAGAUGAUGUGCAAUGCCAAGGAGAAGAGCCAGCUCUGGUGCAGUGCCAUACCAGUCCCUGGGGGACAAACAACUGCCGACAUGGUGAAGACGCUGGUGCUGUGUGUUCAGGCGAGAUGCCUCUUGCCAUGGUGGAAGAACGUGUGGCCAUGCUCACAAGGACACUGGCACCUCACCGACUCCGAUCUGUAGCCCCUAAGAGAAUUCCACGUCCCACUCAGCCUUCAAGGCGCCAGGAAGAACCGGUGGCUAAUGAAGUACCACAUGCAGAAAAGAGGCCAAAGGAACAUCAUUCAGAGGAUAUGUUAGGUGACCGGUGGCAGAUACGGCUGGAAGGAGGGCCUGGCUCCUGUGCUGGGCGAGUGGAGGUUCUGUAUAAAGACCAGUGGGGAACAGUGUGUGAUGAUGGCUGGGAUCUGGUAGAUGCAGCUGUGGUGUGCCGUGAGUUGGGCUGUGGGGCCCCUCUUCUCAGUCCCGGCAAUGCACGUUAUGGGCCAGGAUCUGGACCUAUCUGGUUGGAUGAUGUCAACUGCACUGGUUCAGAAUUCACACUACGACGCUGCCGUUCUCAGCCAUGGGGAAAGCAUAAUUGCAAUCACCACGAAGAUGCUUCUGUCAUCUGCACAGGGAAGUGGAAACGUCUGUCAUUACCAAAGCUAUCCAGAGAUUCAGCUACAACCACCACUGCCUCUACUACCACUACGACUACCACUACUACCACACCUACAACACAGGGCCCAAGGCCUGCAGAUGGGCCAGGACUGCAAAGCACUCUGGAUGUGCCAGAGACUACCAGAGCCAUUUGGAAUUUUCCAAAUGAAUGGGAGACAGGGACACUGCAGCCACUGGACCACGAUGAACCAUUAGGGGUCACACAAAAUGUAGAGCUUGAACUAGAACAUAACACAAAGCCAACAAGCUCCAUGGACAUAGUUGAGACAGCCCAUAAUCCUGAAAUCCUGCUUCCUAUGCAGGAAAUAGAUUCAACUGACAUUCCAAGGAAAAGGACAACCACAUACAAAUGGUUGCAGGAGACUGCAGAUGAAACAAUGCCUAAUCCACAGAUCUUGCAGUAUGUUCAGGAGAUGUCUUCAACCAACCACCCAAAGACAAAACCAUACACAAAUGACUGGGAACAAGAGCCAACCCAUGCCUCAACAGAAUCUCAGCCAUCCUCAACAAUGCUGGAUUUGGAAUCUAAAAGAGAAACAGAGACAACAACCCGCUGGGGUAUGGAUAAAACUAUUGCCAAUCUAGAGAUCCUACAGAAUAGUGAAGAGAUGGAAUCAACCAACUCCCCAAAGAGCACAACAUCUCUGCACAAAUGGGAACAAAAGCUAAUUCAUGCUACAACAGAAUCUCAGCCAUCUUCAACCAUGUUGGAUUUGGAAUCUGAAAAAGAAGCAACCACAACAGCCCAUAGGACCAUGGAUAGAUCCAUACCUGAUUUGGAAAUUCUGAAGAAUGGUCAAGAGAUGGAAUCAAAUAGCUCCCCAAAGACAAGGCCAACCCUACACAAAUGGGGACAAAAGUCUACUUCCUCCACUGAGUUCCUGCCACCCUUAGUCACAGGGGAUCUGGAAUCUGAGAGAGAAGCUGAGUCAACAAGUCCAUCAGAAAUGGAACUGCCCACAGUAACACAAACUGUUAAGCCUGCAACAGACAUGGUGCCUCCCAUACACUGGAGCAAUAUGCCUGAAGUGUCUCACAUCACACAGGAUGUAGAAUUCAUCAGCACUGUAAUGGAAGUUCAACCUACCACUGCCAUGUGGAUCCAAGACCUUGCAAAAGAUAGGGAGGCAACUGAUAAUGUAGCAAAGGAACUGGUUCUGUCCUCAAAGAAUUUAGAAGCUACAAUGAAGAUGGAACUGCCAACCACCACAGAGACUAUGCACCCUAUAAUGUACAUGGAAAAAGAUUACCCUAAAAUCCCUGCAGACUCUGGAGAGGACACCAGUCAGAAGCAGCAAGAGAGUUCAAAUAUAAAUCCUCAUACCAUACAGCCCAUAGAAUCCACCUUCACUCUCAGUGAUGUGAGUUCUUUGGAUGAAACAGAUGUUCACAAUACAACUGAAUGGCUCCGAAGUCCAGUGCCACACACAGUCUUAGCGUAUGGUCAAUCUGAGGAUGGUUUGGUGAACUCAGGAGACACAGAAAGUGGAACAAGCUAUACUGAUACCAUCUUGGCAUCAGCUCUGCCUAAAGCACCAGGCCCAAACAUUUCAUCAGCUGAGACUGUCAUAAACCCUGCUAAGCUCAGAAAAUCAUCCCCUGGAUGCCCCGUGAGACAAGAGCCACAAGAAGAACAUCACAACUUCUGCAGUUCAUCGCUUGCCUUGGGAAACUUGGUCCAAGCAAUGGAAGGUCUCCGUGGGGAUCUGGGCUCCCUCUCCACCACUAUUCAGCAUCAAGGUUCCCAGCUGGAAGCUAUUGCUCACAGUCUAACUGAACUGGCAGCUUCUGUGCGUCAUCUGGUGAGGGCACUGCCUAUCCCAGGACAACAGGCUUCAGUCCAGUCCUCCUCUGUUCCUCAUAGGCAGGAUGAGGAUCAGCUGCAAAAUCAACUCCCCUUAAAAUGAAAAGGGCACUUCCUGAAAGAUACAGAAGUUGCCUCUGAGACCAGGUACAUAACAGUUGGAAGAGGCCAAAAUGCUAUCUACGGUAGUCAAACUCUGUUUGGAGAUGGCCCAAGAUCAACCCAUGCAAUUACAUGUGCUAUAAGCAGACGUCACAAGCAUUGCAAAAAAAGACUGUAGUGGACCAUAGCCUAGUCAUGAUGGUUAUGGCCCAUUUAUGUAUAACCUAAAGAUGUUAAUGAGUGGAAUGGGGGAGAGCUGAGAAAUACUAUACAUUUCCAUACAUUUCCUGAUUUUUGUAAGACAUGAUCAGUUAUUUCAGGCUGCUCCUUCUGAUUUGUAUCAAACAUAACUUCUUGCUUGGAGUAUUCCAGGUUAUACCAGUUUUAAUUAAUAUACAUGAGAAUAUAUCUUAGGAUGUUUCUCACAUAUAUAUCACACACACACACACACACACACACACACACAGUCUCAUAUAUAUAUUAAGAUUCUAUAAAUCAAAGAGGCUGGUGGAUAACUAAACAAAUGUGGCAAUGUCUGAAAUGCAGAACCAAUCGUGACUGGGUACUGACCAUGCUAAGAGAAAUUUCUGGAUGGAUAACUGGAUAAUUACUUGAACGAGUAUCAAUUACA